AUGGAUCGCGGUCACAGAAUAUGGGCACUCUUAGUAGGAGUAGAGUCCUAUUUCCAGGGAAAGGAACGGCCGCUCGAGUAUCAUAGGCUGAACGGCUGUGUUCGUGAUGUCAGGGCUGUUGAGGAAUACCUGCGGCGACUGGGAGUGCAAAAUAUCAAGACUCUCACAGCGUCAGGAGAGAAAGAUCCAAUCGAAAAUCACAGGGAACUCCCAAUAUAUGAGAAUAUCGAACGCGAGUUUCAAUAUAUUACCGAUAAUGCUGGCGUAGCCGAUCUUGUUUAUUUUCACUAUUCUGGACAUGGAAUUCGCCGCGAUGUACUUGGCCAACGGCAAAAAGACGAUGAUACAAUUACUGGUACUGCAUUGGCACUGGCAGACGUCAUGACUGGAGGCGCCUACCUUACGGGCUAUCAACUAGGGGUCUUUGUCAAAAAAAUGGUUGAAGAAAAAGGCUUACGGGUGACAUUGGUACUGGACAGCUGUUUUUCUGGACAAGGCCUUCGCAAUUCUUCAAAAUAUGCUCCCCGGACGAUUGUAGGACAGUCAGACAAUUCAUUACUAAACAGCGAUGUCCGCGCCGACCAAACAGCUGCCUCAGCUGAUAAAAAUGCCACCAUGACGGGCCGAGCAGCGCACGUCAAACGAUCUUGGUUGUCAAAUCCCAGUGGAUGCACAGUCCUAACCGCCUGUCAGUUCGACGAAACUGCAGGCGAAAACAAAUUUCCAGACAUGGAUGGGGCUCAUGGCGUGCUGACAUACUGGAUGCUUAAAGCUCUAGCGGACAACCCUCUGGUACAGCGACCGACUCAUGCGAAAAUUAGAGACUAUGUGCAAUCAAAAAUUAUGCGCAUGAAACCGGGAUUGCGGCAGUCACCAGUACUAUAUGGUGAUGGAGACUAUGUUUUCCUUGGGAACGAAGCGGUUGUCGAAAGACCGGCAUGUCGAAUCUUAAAACAAUGGGAGAACUACGUCGAGCUAGAUAUCGGACAGGCCCAAGGAGCGUCUAUAGGUGCCAUCUACGACAUAUAUCCGGAGAACUCAAGUCUUGAUAAUAUGAGCGGUUGCAGGCCCCGACUACAGGCUCAGAUCGUAGAAGUUGCUGAGAACUCCAUAUUUUUGUCCACAGCCGAGCUUUUCGCUGAAGAUUCGAGGGGUCUAGAUAUGCGCAUGGAGGUAGGAUUAGGUGGUAUUGCUGUUCUUCGAACUUGGGCUCUCCCUUCGGACGUUUAUAUAGAUGUUUCCCUCCUAGAGUCUAGCGAAAAACUGCGGGGGAUCAAUCUCGAAAAAUUAACAAUAGAAAUAGAGCGAACCUCAGGGCUGUAUCUACAAACGGAUUCUAUGGCCGACGAUCCUUCUUUCAACGUUAUACUUAAUGCUAAUAACGAACUUGAGAUUGAGAGCAUGGGGGUGCGAAUACCAAGAGUCCCAAGAAUCUCGAUUGAAGAUACAAAAUGGGUUGAAAAAGUGGCGUACCUUCUGUCUCACCUGGCCAGAUUCGAAGCACUCCGUACCCUCCCAAAUGACUACCUUCGGUCCCGCAAUUCAUUGCCAGUGGAUUGGUUCUCAUACACGGCCAAGGGUAAGGACCUAAGGCCGAUCAAGGAGGUUAAUGGCAGAUACCAUGCGAAAGGAGGUAAGGCAAUGAUAUUAUCUCUCAGGAUGAACGAUAUUUGUCCUCUAGAAUCUGUCUAUGUCAGCUUUUAUUGCCUCAGUUCAGCCUGGGGAAUUCAGAAAAUACACCCGGGGCCUGGCCAAACCGCCAUAAAACUACCACGAAGAAGACUCGAGAGUUUUAGGAUCGAUAUAGAGGCUUCAUCAGUUGGUGGAGAUAAUUCGGAAGAGAUUGAAGACACGAUCAGGGCGUUUAUCUGUACGAGAGAAGUCUCUUGGGAAGAGUUGACACUUCCAGAUAUCUCCAUGGAGGAAAUAUAUGUCCCUAGGGAUCCAUUAAAUGAGAUCAUGGUAGUCCCUCAGUAUCAUGGCAUCACAACAGCGGCUCAAAAUACGGAUAAUGAAGGGCUUUCAUCCAGAAACAUGAUCAAAUCUUGUUUUGAUGAAGAAGAUGGGCCCGUCUUGUGCACUUUAGAUCUCAUAAUACGCACUGCUCAAGAAUGA